CGACUUCAUCUCUAGAUUCUAAGAAUUCGAAAAAGAAAACCACUGGAAAAAAUUACGUUUCAAACUUUCUACAAUGGUCUGUUUCAUUGUUGGCCUUUCCCUCAUCGCCAGCGCCUUCGCGAGCCCUGUCGCACGCCCAGCCGACUUUGAACCAGCAGUAAUCGACUACGCCUGUCAGACGUCUUCGUCGUGCGGUUACAUCGCGAAGUCCACAGCCUGCUGUGGCGGUUCACCACCCGCCUCGUCCAAGAUCUGCGCGAACGUCGACUCGGAAAUGAACACGGGGUUCUUGCCUCCAAACUUCGAAGCGAGCAGGAUGAACUCCAAGUGUGCCAGAUUUGCUGGCGACGUCGGCACUUGUGUUGUACAAGACGUGGAUGUGGUGCCUUGGGGACAGAAUGUCGAUAGCUGUGGCUGUGUUCAGGGCAAGUGUGUGGAAGUUGGGGAGAGCACAGAAAAUCGGGAUAAUAUGGUGAGGAGGGUCAAGAUGCUCUGAAUUCUGCAGAUGGGCAGAGACCUAUGGUCAGAUGCGGAUGCGAUUGCGCUGAGAAUUUUGUAUUCUUCUUCUUCCUUCAUUAACAAUUUUUGAACUUUCCUGGUAAAUCGCAAUAAAUACACACAUUUCUGAUGGC